UCAUCGGAGCCAAAACCAAACACCCAAACACGACCGAGAGACUAUUUUAUUUUUCUGGAGUUAAAAAAAUAGAAAAGAAAAUGGAAAAUUUUAUGUAAAUUACAAGAAGAUAUCAUUUGUUUGCAUUCUCCAGAUCGGGAGACGCUGUAAACCCUAUUUUCUUGGUCUCCUCGAUCGAUACAAACAUCUACAUUUUAUGCAGAUCUAGUACACGGAAUUCAUUUAUUAUUAUUUUUUUUCUGUUUAUGUUCUCUGAUAUAUGAUUUGAAUUUGGACCUGUGUUGUUUUGGUUCAAGGCGAUUUGCUUAAUUUCCUACUUGCCCUGGAAACGCUGAUCGCGGAAUUCAGAAUCUGCAAUUCCUCUGGGAUCUGAUCAGGAUUUUGAAUCUGCUGCUUUGGUGCAUGGAAUCCUGCAUUUCGCAUAUCUCUUGGAGUAUUUAAUGCGUGAACAAUAUCUUUGAUUAUAGAAGACAUUUUUAUUUUGAAAAAUGGAUCCAAUAUCUGCGGUCAGCGAAGAGCUAGCUGAGAUCGAUGGGCAAAUCAAUGACCUCUUUCGUGCUUUGUCAAAUGGGUUCCAGAAAUUGGAAAAGAUUAAGGAAGCUAACAGACGAAGCAGGCAAUUGGAAGAGCUAACGGAGAAGAUGCGGGAGUGUAAGAGGCUUAUCAAAGAUUUUGACAGAGAAGUGAAGGACAUGGAGACUAGAAAUGAUCUGAACACCAACAAGAUGCUUAAUGAGAGAAGGCAGUCGAUGGUCAAAGAGUUAAAUUCAUAUGUUGCUCUGAAGAAGCAAGUUACCGCUAACCUUGAAAAUAACAAGCGGAUUGAUCUCUUUGAUGGGCCUAGUGAAGAAAAUGCUGAAGACAAUGUCUUGCUGGCUUCAUCUAUGACAAAUCAACAAUUAAUAGAUCGUGGAAACAAGACGAUGGAUGAGACUGAUCAAGCCAUUGAGAGGGGACAAAAGAUUGUUCAAGAUACUAUAAAUGUGGGAACAGAGACUGCAGCUGCUCUGAAAGCCCAGACUGAGCAGAUGAGUAGGAUUGUGAAUGAACUGGACUCUAUCCAUUUCUCAAUCAAGAAGGCUUCGAAACUGGUCAAGGAAAUUGGUAGGCAGGUUGCAACUGACAGAUGUAUUAUGGCACUUCUUGUCAUUAUUGUCAUUGGUGUCAUAGCCAUCAUUAUUGUGAAGCUGGUCAACCCAAACAACAAGGACAUCCGAGAUAUUCCAGGCUUAGCGCCACCUGCCAUGACGAGAAGACUACUUUGGGAUCCUCGAAUCGAGGUAAACUAGUAAAAACUUAUAAUCUCCUGAGGAUUCGGCAGAUUUGCAUUCUGAUCAGAUAUAAUGUAAGGUAUGAUGCCGGUUUGCCUUAUAGCGAUAAAGAGCAAUCGGGUUGUGGAGUGAAUUCAUUUAUGUAAUUCGACGCAGAGUUUACCAAAUGAAUGUUGGCUAUUGGUGGAUAAAUUGGAAGUUCUUGUGUUCCCUGACUGAAGAAAUUAAUUUCUGUUCAAUAUAGGGAGGAAAUAACUUACAUAUAUUCAAAUUGUAACGAUUUGAUACUAAUAUCAAGUAUUAUGGUUCUGAUUUUUUUAAGCACAGAGAAUUUGGUAGUA